AUGACGAGAAACUUUUACACCCACACGGUGGCAGGCCCCAACGGCGAAAUCUUCGUAACGCAAAAAACAGAAUAUUUGGGCCAAGUUCUAGCGUCACUAGCAGUUUCCCUUGGACCACUUACCGCAGGACUCGGAAAGGGAUACAGCUCUCCAGCUAUUGCAUCCCUGCAACAAAGCGAUGCUGAAGCAUUUCCAGUUAGCGGACAACAAGCAUCUUGGUUAGCAUCUUUAUCUCUCCUUGGUGCUCUGUUCGGAGCGCCGGUAGGUGGACUGGCAGUCCGUUGGGGCAGAAGGAAAACCUUGGUAUUCGCUGGAGCUCCUCUUACCGUAUGCUGGAUCAUAACGGUAUUUGCUGUAAGUGUAGAAGUGAUGUGUUUUUCAGCUUUCAUUAGCGGAUUCUUGGUAGCAAUUGUCCAACUAAGCGCACAAGUGUAUGUCAGCGAAAUUGCAGCUCCAUCUAUUCGUGGAGGUCUCAGUGCUCUCCUGAAAAUAGCAGGACAUGCAGGAGUACUGGUAUCAUUCAUUGCAGGAGCAUUCCUAAAUUGGAGACAGUUGGCAGGUUUUAUCUCUUUAGUUCCAGCAAUUAUGUGUGUCGUACUAUUAAAUGUACCAGAAAGUCCAGGUUGGCUUGUUCUGCGUGGUCGAGACCAAGAAGCUGAGAAGGCUCUACGAUGGUUACGAGGAGACACUGCAGAUCUACAACUUGAAUUAGCGUUGCUCCAAGCACAUGUACUCUCGAGACCAAUGCCAAAAAAUCCGCUACUGCUGAUGCAAACCUUAAAAAGUCCAGCUUUAAUAGCUUGCGGUCUAAUGUUUUUUCAACGAUUUUCUGGCGCUAACGCAUUUUACUUCUAUGUAGUAAGUGUCUUCAAGGAGACUUUUGGAAACACCAAUCCCCACACUGCUGCCGUUGCAGUAGCCGUAGUACAGUUAUUAUCCUCAUUAUUAUCAGGCUUGUUGGUCGACUCUGCAGGGCGACUACCUCUAUUGGUAGCUUCUAGCGUUCUUAUGACAAUGGCCUUGGCCUCCUUUGGCUCAUUUGCUUAUUAUGAAGAAGUUAACACGAAAUCUGUAGCUAAUUUGGACUGGAUCCCUUUGCUUUGCGUUCUAGUUUUCACGGUUGCUUUUUCUUUAGGAAUAAGCCCUAUAAGUUUGCUGCUGGUCAGCGAGCUGUUUGCGUUGGAGCACCGUGGAUUCGGAACCGCUCUAGCCACAGGUUUUAGUUAUUUUUGCGCUUUUGUUGGAGUAAAAACGUUCGUGGACUUUCAGGAAUUAUUAGGGCUGUACGGGGCCUUUUGGCUCUAUGCUUUUAUAUCUAUUUGCGGGCUGUGUUUUAUUGUAUGCUGUGUACCGGAGACCAAAGGACGAGAUUUAACGGAGAUAGAUACGGGUAGGUGAUCCAACGCUAUGAGACAGAUGCACAAAGUCUC